GGAGGAGGGACGACAGGAAGCGUGAUUGCAAGUCGGCUGACGGAGAACCCUCACGUGAAGGUGCUGGUACUCGAGGCUGGGUCGGAUGGAACCCUGCUCUCGUGGAUACCUGCAGCCGCUGCCUUGAUGUGGUGGUUCACCAAGUUCGAUUAUGCCUACUCCAGCGAACCUCAGAAGGAUUCCUGCCUAGCACUCAAGGAGGGGCGAUGCCGAUGGUUCCGGGGUCGGAUGUUGGGAGGAAGUUCGUCCCUGAACGGAGGCAUAUACACCCGAGGGAAUCACAAGGACUACGACAACUGGGCCGCCUUAGGGAAUCCCGGCUGGUCCUUCAGAGACAUCCUCCCGCUUUUCAUCAGGGCUGAGAACUUCCUCGUGAGAGAUGUCCCAUUGAGGGAUGCUGCUUAUCACGGGACCGGUGGGUACUUUCCUGUAUCCCACACAUAUUUCACGAAGCUCAUGCCAGCAUUCAUCAAAGCUGGGAUGAGCCUGGGAUACCCCUACAAUCCUAACCACAACGGCGCCUCUCAGAUGGGUUUCGGCAGAGUGCAGGUAGCGACCAAGCGAGGAAUCCGACACAGCACGGCCAAAGCAUACCUGACGCCGGCAAAGCACCGCAGGAACCUCCACAUCGUCCUCAACACCCCCGUCACGAAAAUUGUCAUAGACAAGGCGACGAUGACGGCGAAGGGGGUCGAGUACCUGACUGAAGAAGGUACCAGGCGCUUCGUGCCGGCGAGGAGGGAGGUGAUCCUGUCGGCCGGGGCCAUUGCUUCUCCUCAGCUCCUCAUGCUCUCUGGUAUCGGACCCAAGCACGAACUACAGAAACACGGGCGCGCCUACAUCGCUUCAGGACUGUUCGCGACUGCAUCCGGUUUCGAGGCCAUCGCCUUCGUCAACACGUCCUUCUCAAGCGAUCCGGAAUGGCCGGAUAUGGAGAUUUUCUUCGCUAUUCGUUUAGUGCUGCGAUUGGGAGAACAACCCUCGUUCAGGAAGUUCGGUGCCGAAUUCUACAGGGAGCCUCUGCCAGGUUGCAGGCAUCUGAAACAGUUCACGGACGAGUAUUGGGAAUGUCACACUCGCCAGUUUACGUACCUUCAUUGGCACGAUGUCGGCACGUGCAAGAUGGGGCCUUCCAAUGAUCCCGAAGCCGUGGUGGACCCAAAACUCAGGGUCUACGGAGUGCAAAGGUUGAGAGUGGCGGAUGCAUCCAUCAUGCCUGUCAUCAUCUCGGGGCACACGAUGGCGGCCUGCAUCGUCAUCGGGGAAAGGGCUUCGGAUCUCAUCAAGGCAGCCCAUAAUCUGUGA